UUUUAAAGCUUGCCUCACUGAAUAUAUAGACUAAAUCUGUUGAGCCAGUUGCUAAAAAUAAUGAGCUACAGAAUUGCUAGAUCUACUUUGUCAUUGACAAUAAUCAUAAUCACAUUUGCUCCAUCUUGUGAUGCCCAAAUCACAGAUAAUAUUUUAUCAAGUGCUGGCAAAAAAUUCAUGAUCGGUUUCCCAAGAAAUGCUGUUCAAUUUCCAGGAAUCGAUCCCGAGUUGUUCUUGUUUAUCACAAACCCGGAGUCAAGUGCUGUUAAUUUCACUGUCACUCCAAUUGAUAUCAGUGGGAAUGUUUCUAACUCUUCAACUAGGAUAUUCAUUCCAUCGAGUUUUGAGGUAUUUUCUGUUGAUGAAAGGAACAAGGGGAUCCUUGUUGAAGCUGACAGAGACAUCAAUUUGUAUGCGAUGUCUUUUCAUUCAGCUACUACAGAUGCUUAUUUAGCGUUACCCUGUUCUAAAAUGGCAGUUAAUGAAUACGAAUAUUAUGGAAUCUCCUAUGACACCAAUAACACUCCUAGUGUGAUUUUGUUGGUGGCUUGUAAAAAUAAAACUGUUGUCAAAUUUAAUUCCUCAACAAUAACACUCAAUAGUAUGGAAACAUAUCAGAUUGAAAGUGAUAAUGAUCUCACAGGAACAAGAAUAACUAGCUCCAAACCUUUGUCUGUGUUUAGUGGAUCUGAUUGUGCCAAUGUUCCUCAAAGUGUAGGCGCUUGUGACCACCUGGUUGAACAAGUGCCUCCGACUGUGACAUGGGGCUCAAAAUUCCUCGUGGCAUCUCUCGAGGGUAGAUCUUCUGGUGAACGUAUUCGUGUUCUUAGUGCCCGAGCAGCAAGUAUAGCUGUGAACUGCAACACUAACGUAUCAGUCAGUGAAUUCCAGUUGCAGAGUGGAGGGAGUUUCAGAGAGUUUGAAAUACCUAUUAACAGUUUCUGUAGUAUUGAAUCCACUUCUCCAGUACUAGUCGUCCAGUAUGCGUAUGGUAGGGAGAGGGAUGGCGUGGGAGACCCAUUCAUGAUGAUAAUCCCUCCAAUUGAGCAGUUUACAAAUAAUUAUUUUGUUGAAGCAGUUCCUCUUUUCUUAUCUAACUAUGUCACGGUAUAUGUUUCUUCCGAGUUUUUUCAAACUGCACAAAUAUUAUUAGACAAUUCCAUUGUUACUGGCUGGAGAAAUGUUGUCUGUUCAAGUGGAGAGGUUUGUGGCCACGUAAGUAGAACGAGUGUGUCUACUGGAGCUCAUUCUAUCCACCAUCAAAACAGCUCAGCUGUUCUAGGUGUUUCAGUGUAUGGAUUAAACUCAGACAAUUCUUAUGGUUAUCCUGGAGGCAUGAGAUUAUCUCCCAUACAAUGCAACUGUGGUCAAAAUUCUAUUUGUUUGAAUAACAGGGAACAGUUCAACUGUAGCUGCUUGAAUGGAUUUGUUGCUUCAUUUUCUAGAACAAAUGAAAUCGUCUGUAAUGCUAUAACCUGUCCUCCCUUGACUGCUCCUACCAAUGGCUUUGUGACAUACAAUAGUUCUUCUUCUAAUGAAAACGGCAACUAUGCUUUCAAUUCCAUGGCUAACCACAGUUGUGACACUGGGUUUGUUCUGGUUGGUAACAACACAAGGACUUGCACUGGAGAUGGUAGCAGCACUACUGGUGUUUUUGAUGGAGAAGCAGCAAUUUGUGAACGUGAGCAACUCAUCUGUAAUGGCGUGGUUCAGUGUGAAGCUGAACGUGAUUCUGUAUGGGGGCUGGUCUUCCCUGCUACUGUGGCUGGCUUUUCCUAUUCCCAGCAAUGCCCACAAAAUAGAAAUGGAACAACUUUAGGUACUGCAAAUCGUUUCUGUACAUUUGAAGGUGUGUGGGAAGCAGUGAAUAUUGAUAACUGCACUAGGGAAGUAUUUCUCUCACUUAAUGACAGGGCAAAUGAACUAUUUUCUAGAAAUGCAUCUCAGAACAAUACAUCUCAAAAUGAAGUUGACGACCUCCUUGUUUCUCUUGCGGAGGCUACUAGUGUAAAUGCAAUAGGAGACUCAACCAUAUUCCCUCAAGACCUCAGCACUGCUAAUAUGAUCGUCAAGUUAAGUGUGAAUUAUCUAGUUCAAAGUGUUAAGAUUGCUAGCCCCAUGUCUUCUCUCAAUUUUAGUGAAGAAGUUAUGAAUGUUCUCAACAAUGUUCUGGAUGAGAGGAAUACAGAAGGAUGGGAAAGAUUACAAAUGGAUUAUGCUGCUGAGAGUCAACAAUUGUUGUUGAGUGCAGAGUUAUAUGGUCAGUAUGUGUCAUUGGCACUAAGGAGUGAAGCUGUGGAUACAGGCAACGUGACUGAGAUCAAACUUGUGAGACAGAACAUCGUGCUAGCUGCAAUUGAAGUUGAUACCACUAGUUUGGAUGACAUUAUCUUUCCUGAAGUUGUCGAAGUCAGUCAAGAAACAGGCUCAGCUCAAACUGUGAUACCAGCUGCUCUUCUUAUAGAGAGAGGGGGGAAUGUUACAACAGUCAACAUUCUAUUUUCUAACUUGGAGGAUUUUCUUCCAAAAACCAAUCUUGAAAUGAGCACGACCAGACCAGUAUCACAGGUUAUUUCUAGUCAAGUCUUCUCCAAUGUAAAGUUAAAUAACUCCCAGACACAGGCAACAUUCAGAUUCACCACCCAACAGUUCUCUGAGGACGAAGUUGCUGAAAAUGCAAAAUGUGUAUUUUGGAGUGUUUCUAGUGAUGCGGCCAAAAGCAGGUGGUCCACAGAAGGUGUGAUUACAGUCAGUUUGGAUGAAGAUGAGCAAAUGAGAGUGUAUAAUAUUGUCUGUGAGAGCAGUCAUUUCACAGCAUUUGCUGUUCUAAUGGAUGUCACUGGAGCACUGAAUGACACAAUUCCAGAAAAUAGGUUUGCUCUAUCGGUGGUGACUUACGUUGGUUGUUCCAUCUCCAUCUUCUUUCUUCUGUUGUCUAUCCUCUAUUUCUUGACGUUGAGAAAAGAACUGCUGACCAAGGUGCAUAACUUCAUCCAUCUCAACCUGUCUAUUUCUUUGCUCCUUGGUUACGUGGUGUUCCUGUCAGGAGUAGAGACUGCUGUGGCCAGCGAGGGAGCGUGUGUGUUUGUGGCUGCUCUUCUUCACUACCUGUUCACUACUGUGUUCUUUUGGAUGCUGUGUGAGGGAAUCAUGCUCUAUCUGAUGUUGGUGCUUGUCUUCAACCGAAUAUUCAAGAAAUGGUGGAUAUUCUUUAUUAUUGGAUGGGGUGUUCCAGUGAUACCAGUGGCUAUAUCUGCUGGAAUUAUUCAUGACCAGUAUGGCACAGAAGAGUAUUGUUGGAUUGCCGUUGGUGCUGGUGAUAAAGGAGCCAUAUGGGCAUUUGUUGUACCAAUGCUACUAGUUGUUCUGGUGAAUGUGUUUUUCCUCUUGGCUGCUUUGCGCAGUGUCUAUAAUCUGAGAAAAUCAACCAUGCAAAAAACUGGGAAAAAGGAAUUUUUAAAAUUAUUCUCACAACUCUUCAAGGCCACUAUAAUUCUCCUUCCAUUGCUCGGGAUGACUUGGGUGUUUGGUCUACUUUCAGUCAACAGCAGCACUAUUGUGUUUGCAUGGUUGUUUUCUAUCUUUAACUCACUGCAAGGCCUGUUCGUGUUCAUCUUCCAUGUGCUCAGGAGUGAAAAGGUCAAAAACUUCCUAAAGCAGUGCAAAAGAAGCGUUGCAUCAAUUUCUGCCUCGGGAAAAAAUAAUUUGGUAUAGAUCUACCUUAAAUUCAUGUCUAGACAGGUGGAUCACCUAGUAUUAGUAUACAACCAGUAGGUUGUAUACAUAGGAUUGACAGUGCAUGUGCAGUUGUGUGUGUUUUCAAUUAUUGCACACAUUGUAAAAAUGUGCACACACAAAAAAUCUACUCUCUUUGGUUGUUGCACUAUGAACAGUAUGUACGUACGUCAGCAGGGGCGGAACCAAAAAAUAUAUACAUUGGUGGGGUUGUGGAACAGGGUGCGCCCUGCGUUAAAUCAUCUAACAAUCAUGUCUAGUAUAUUCUCCACUUAUAAAUUAACCGCGUAUAUAGUCUUGCAGAAGCUAGACCCGAUGUUUGCGAGACUAUACUUAAUUCACUUGGCUUUCUCCUACGUACUUCCCCCCACUAUCCCUCAUGCACUUAGUCUCCUACCCAACUACUUUUUUUGCCAAUACGAAGGUGGAUCCGAGGGCGUGAUGACUGACGUGGCCAGACAAGCCCACUCUCUUUCCUUUCUUCCCCACUAUAAUUAUAGCUAUAACCUAGUGAAACCCCUUAAUUCCCUUUUCCGCAUAAUGGCUGGAAUACAUGAACAGGGGAUUCUUAAUAUUUUUUCGGCUGCCUCAAAGUACUCUAGCUUGGAUCUACAGGACCACACCUAUAAUAGAGGUUGGAGGUUGGUACAAAACCGUAGUGUAUAUAUACCCUCGAUCGGUUACCUGUCAAAUCACGUCUCAGGGUGCGUGCUGAACCCUUUAAAAGUACCGAAACGAGGGGCCAUGGGUCCCUUUCGAACCCCAGUUAAAGUUUUAGCCACUUUGUGCGCUCUCUGUGACAUUUCUAUGAAUGCAGUAACGAGU